AUGACAUGCCAAGCUCGAAGCUCCUACAUCACCAGUGAGAUCCUGUGGGGUUACCGGUUCACGCCUGUCCUGACCCUGGAGGAUGGGUUCUACGAAGUUGACUACAACAGCUUCCAUGAGACCUAUGAGACCAGCACCCCAUCCCUUAGUGCCAAAGAGCUGGCCGAGUUAGCCAGCAGGGCAGAGCUGCCCCUGAGUUGGUCUGUAUCCAGCAAACUCAACCAACAUGCAGAACUGGAGACUGAAGAGGAAGAAAAGAACCUUGAAGAGCAAACAGAAAGAAAUGGUGAUGUGGCAAACCUGGAGAAUGAAUCCAAAGUUUAGUGCCCUAGCUGGGCAACCCCUUCUCUUCUCCCCCUGACACAAUCUUCCCUUGUCUCUCAUUCUCUUUCUUUUUUGUCUCUCUUGCUUUGUUCUUUAUUUAUAUUUAAUUUUUACAUGACCAGAAAACAAAUCUUCAAGGUGUAAAAUAUCUACCUGCCCUCUCUCAGUUGUUUAGAUUGACAAGGUAGACGUGGAUUUGAUGAAGGUGCAAAGUGCUCUCGUUUGUGGCCCAAGCCUGGUCUCCUCCCAAAAUACUACACGUCCAGCUCCUGGAGAUUUCAGUUACUUACCUGCAUGUGUUGUAUAAUACCAGAUCACUCAAAAAGGUGUGUCAAAGAUUUUACCUGGGAUAUGACAAGCAAGGUUUCCGGUGCCUAUUUAUUCAUUCAGUGAGACACAGAGUGGAGCCCUCAGUUUUAUAGAUCCCAAUUCUUUUCAUCUACUACAGGGUGAGGUGCUUGCCCCCGUGUGGGCGUGGCAGUUAUAGGGCCCAGGUGAGCUGAAGACAAACCACUGUACAUAUAUAUGCCUUAUGUAAUUAUUUUCUUUUUGUAGUUAGUUAUAAAACCCAGCAUGUACAAAAGUACCAUAGAACAGAACUUCUAAAUACUGUACAUAGAUGUAUCAUUAAUGUAGGUUUAGAUAUAUAACUUUAGAAAUAAGAAGCAAAAAAAAAAAAAAAGAGAGAAAGAUUCCUAACAUGCAGUAGGCGUUUCUGUUUUGAUGUCUGUGUUUUCCAGGUUAUUUUGAUCCUGUUGACGGCUGGCCCUUCAGUGCACGGCCUUUGUUUGUGUCUCAGACUGGCAGCCGUUAGGGUACCUCACUGUUCCCAUGCUGAUCCUUUCAUUGAAUCUAAUAAGCCAUAGGUCUGGGGGAAAUUGAGAGAUCUGGUAGAUGACAAAACCCACCACCAAUAUGCUGAUAU